CACGCGCACGUCGUGUCCACUUGACACACCUGAGGUCUAGGCAUAAGGAAGAUGCUGGCACAGUGAAGCCAGCCAACAACCAGCCAUGCUCCGAGCUCGGCGCUUGCUCGCGCAAGGCGCUGUGGCCACCUGGGGACAAUGCGCCGCUGCAGCUGAAGCUACUCGGGAUUUAGCAGCGAUUCGCUUCGAUGGAGCGGCCGGACUGAGUGCACGCGCAAUUACGGGCAGCUCUUUGGCUGAGGAGGACGACAAAGCUGGCCGGCCGACUACGCCAUGGGUUCGACAAGUCAUCAGCGGGGUGGAUCUGAUGCGCCAUCCCAAGUACAACAAGGGGCUCGCCUUCUCUGACGCGGAGCGCGACCGGCUGUACCUGCGCGGCCUGCUGCCGCCGGCGGUGCUGAGCCAGGAGGUGCAGCUGGAGCGCACGCUGCUCAACAUCCGCAGCAAGGACUCGGACCUGGAGAAGAGCACCUACAUGCAGAGUCUGCAGGAGCGCAACGAGCGGCUGUUCCACCGCGUGCUGGUCGAGAACAUGGAGGAGCUGCUGCCGGUGGUGUACACGCCCACGGUGCGCCUGGCCUGCCAGAAGUACGGCCUGAUGUUCAAGAGCCUGCCGCGCGGCCUGUUCAUCACGCUGGAGGACCGCGGCCGCGUGUUCCGCAUCCUCAAGAACUGGCCCGAGCGCAACGUCAAGCUGCUGGUGGUGUCGGACGGCGAGCGGGUGGGCGACCUGGGAGACCUGGGCGUGCAGGCGGUGGGCGUGCCCAUCUCCAAGAUCAGCCUGUACACCGCGUGCGGCGGCAUCAGCCCCUCCAUCACCAUGCCGGUCAUGGUGGACGUGGGCACCGACAACGAGGAGCUGCUGCGGAGCCCCUUCUACGUGGGCGUGCGCCACAAGCGGGUCCGCGGCGACCCCUACUACGAGCUGAUGGACGAGUUCCUGACCGCCGUCAAGAGGCGCUUCGGCAACACGGUGCUUGUGCAGUUUGAGGACAUGGCGUACGACAACGCCUCCAAGCUGCUCAACAUGUACCGCACCGAGUUCCCCUGCUUCAACGACGACAUGAGCGGCACCGCGGCGGCCGUGCUGGCCGGCGUGCUGGCCGCACUGCCGCGCACAGGCGGCCGCCUGGCGGACCACCGCAUCGUGUUCGUGGGCGAGGGCGCGGUGGUGGCCUGCAUCGCCGAGCUGUUCGCCACCGCGGUCGCCACCGCCACCAACCAGACGGUGCUGGACGCACGGAAGCGGAUGUGGCUGGUGGACUCACAGGGCUUGGUGACGCGUGAGCGCGGCGACAGCUCCACACUUGAGUCCUUCAAGCUGCCGUUCUGCCACUCCGUGGGCUCCGAGUGCCGCGACCUGGCCUCCGCCGUGCAGCUGCUGCAGCCCACGGUGCUGGUGGGGCUGUCCACCACGGGGCCGGCGCCGCCCUGGGCCUUCAGCCAGGAUGUGCUGCAGGCCAUGGCCGCCUCCUGCCGUCACCCGCUCAUCUUCCCGCUGUCCGCCGCCUCGCCCGAGUGCUCCGCCGAGGACGCCUACCGCGCCACAGACGGCCGCGCGCUGGUGGCCACAGAGCAGCGGGUGGCGCCCGUCACGCUGCCCAGUGGCCGCACGCUGCACCCCAGCCAGUGCACCUCCACCUACAUCUUCCCGGGCGUGGGCCUGGGCUCCCUCAUCGCGCGCUGCACCAAGCUGCGCGACGAGCAGUUCAUCGCCGCCGCCGACGCCGUGAGCCGCCUGGUGGGCGAGGAGGACCUGGCGCGCGGCAGCCUGUACCCGCCGCUCAGCCGCAUACGCGACGUCAGCGCGGCGGUGGCCAAGGCCGUGGCUCAGAAGGCGUACGAGGGCGGCUUCGCCACGGCGCUGCCCAAGCCGCACAACCUGUACGAGGCGGCGCGGCAGAGCAUGUACCACCCGCAGUACAGGCGGUACAGGUGAAGGCCGCGCGGUGCUGCCAGCGGCUGUGGUGGUGCAGCAGGAUGAACCGAUGAAGUGACGAAAACGAUGUUUCUGUUGGUGGGCAUUUUCAUGCCGGUUGUGUCAUAUCCGGACGGUGCCUCGCAAACAACGUGGUUGCGGGCGGAGGAGCAGCCCAAGCGGCUACGGCGGUAUGCUGGCGGGCUCAGGGGUGCUUGCGGCUGGGCGCCCGCAGUACAAGCUUGGCCACAUGUGGCGACUGGCGUGAGGGGCGUGGACUGAGGGAGGAGGACAUGGCGCCAGUCGCAACGCCGGCGCGCAGUGACGCCAUGCAGGGGCGGGGGCGGGGGCGGGGAGGCUAGGGAACUUGCUGGAAACCACGAUACACAGUGCUUUGGCGCGGGUAAUGUGCUGUUGUGUUCAGGGGAACAUGGGCGGCCGGGUGACCUCCUAGACCUCUGGGGGAAGUAUGGGUAGUACAAGAGGUGUGUGGAGAUGGGGAGACAGGCAGCUCACGCUGUUGUCGUUGCUGUAUGUGGUGCCGGGCCGGUAGUCAUUACGUGCUAUCGAUCCUUGCCAAAUGGAAGCUCGUGUGCCUGCGGAAAGCGAGACGCCAUGUUUGGGAUGUGCCUGUAGUCAUUGACGAACACGUGCUGGCGCUACGCCCAUAUAAACAUGAAUGGCAUCAUGGCCACGGCACCGGUGCACGCGGCGCGGCGGCGGGCUGCGCGGCCCGCACCCGCUGAAUAACAUGAAUCAGGCGUUCAGCCGCG